AUGACCAACAGACCGAAGCGAUUCCGUGUAGCGAUUAUUGGAGGGGGCAUUGCAGGUCUCAUACUCGGACAAUUACUCUCGGCUAGCCCUGACAUCGAAGCGCAAGUCUAUGAGCGGAACAAUGAAAGCGAGGAUCGCCUAGCCGGGUAUCGGAUACAACUGAGUCUAGAAACGCUCGAACUGUUGAAGACCCACUUGCCUGUCGAAACUUGGGACAGAGUUCUACCUAGCGUUGGUAAGACUCCGAAAGAAGGGUACUACCAUUCCUGUUUCAUGCGACCCGACGGGCAUAUUUUCUACACGUAUUUGCCAGACGAGUUUCGAUCUACUGCAGCAGUUUCACGGCUGAGGCUGCGGAAGGGGCUACUACAUGGGUCCGCCAAGUUCUUGCGGUUGGGAAAGAAAUUCUCUGGGUACGAAGAGUUGGAAGAUGGGCUAGUGAGAGCUCAUUUUACGGAUGGAAGUAGUUGUGUUUGCGACCUUCUUAUUGGUGCUGAUGGCAUAUCAUCGCGCGUGCGACGCAAGCUUUUACCGCACAUAAAAACAGUGCAAACUGAUAUGGCCAUCAUUUACUUCAAGGUGCCGUACACCCGGGAGGUGGAAAGUAUGAUCCCGUAUAAGACUGGUUGCCUAGUCCUGUACCCGAAUGGCCAGGAAAUCACGAUUAUGACGUGGCAGAAUCCGGAGCAGCCGUAUGCGAAGGGACUUGACCCGGAGCAUAUUGAACCGGAAACUUCCUAUGUCAUGGUCGGAUUUGGAAGCCGACUAGAUAGUUUUAUCAAUCGGUCAAAACCACCGACUGAGAUGAGUUCGAGUGAGCUUAAGGAGGAGUGCAUUGCGAGAGUCCAUGAACACCCGACCCACUCUUCUAUCAAGGCAUUGGUAGAGCUCAUAGUUACGGACUCAUGUUAUACGAAUAUCUUCAGGAUGGUUGAUGUUCCGAGGGCCUGGGACUCGGAUAGAGUCACACUUGCAGGAGAUGCGGCCUUCAACAUGGCCCCAUUUCUAGGCAAAGGCGCCGCUUGUGCUAUGAUGGAUGCUAUAGACCUAGCCAAGACAAUAAUAGGUCUGCCUCAAGCAACGGCUCAGGACCGCCGACUCAUGCUGCGACAGUAUGUUAAUACUAUGCGGGAAAGACGGCUAAAGGAGAGGAAACGCAGCGCAUUUGUCAUGAACAUCUGUUUCUUCGGCACGACCACCUUCCGUGCUGCCCUGCGAGACUAUGGAAUGGAGGUCGCCAAUCUUUGGCUCACCAGCAGCAUCUCGGCCAAAAUGCUCCUUAUGGCCAUCGGACUGUUGGCAUUGUUGCUUUGGGGGCCAAGCGGCGUAUUUCUCACGAAAAUAGGCCGAUAUGUCUAG